AAGUGGAGGGCGGGGGGCGGGGAGGAGAGGCGGGAGCCAUGUUGGAGGCUUCCCGCGAGCGAGGGGCGGCGGGAGCUCUCCGCUCCUUGUGGGUGUGACCCGGCCCGGCGCCGCGGCGAGCUCGGCGGCGGCGGGGGGCGGGGACGUGAGGCGGGUUGUCGUCGUCGUCGGCCGCGGCGCGAGGCGAGCGGUGGAGCCGGGCGAUUGUGACCGCCGGGGGCGCAGGGGGCCGGCCGCGGCGCCCACUCUCCGUGUGGCCCCCUGAGCGCCCCCCCUCCCCUGCCCGGGAGGGAGGCGGGGGGCACCUGGGGCCCGCCAUGAACCCGGGCUUCGACCUGUCCCGCCGGAACCCGCAGGAGGACUUCGAGCUGAUUCAGCGCAUCGGCAGCGGCACCUACGGCGACGUCUACAAGGCACGGAAUGUUAACACUGGUGAAUUAGCAGCAAUCAAAGUAAUAAAAUUGGAACCAGGGGAAGACUUUGCAGUUGUACAACAAGAAAUUAUUAUGAUGAAAGACUGUAAACACCCAAAUAUUGUCGCUUAUUUUGGAAGCUAUCUCAGGCGAGAUAAACUUUGGAUUUGCAUGGAAUUUUGUGGAGGUGGUUCUUUACAAGAUAUUUAUCAUGUAACUGGACCUCUGUCAGAAUUGCAGAUAGCAUAUGUUAGCAGAGAAACACUACAGGGAUUAUAUUAUCUUCACAGUAAAGGGAAAAUGCACAGGGAUAUAAAGGGAGCUAACAUUCUAUUAACGGAUAAUGGUCAUGUGAAAUUGGCUGAUUUUGGAGUAUCUGCACAGAUAACAGCUACUAUUGCCAAACGGAAGUCUUUCAUUGGUACACCAUAUUGGAUGGCUCCCGAAGUCGCAGCUGUUGAAAGGAAAGGAGGGUACAACCAGCUCUGUGAUCUCUGGGCGGUGGGAAUCACCGCCAUAGAGCUUGCCGAGCUGCAGCCGCCCAUGUUUGACCUGCACCCAAUGAGAGCAUUAUUUCUAAUGACAAAAAGCAAUUUUCAGCCUCCUAAACUAAAGGAUAAAAUGAAGUGGUCAAAUAGUUUUCAUCAUUUUGUGAAAAUGGCUCUUACCAAAAAUCCCAAAAAAAGACCUACUGCUGAAAAGUUGCUACAGCACCCUUUCGUCACACAGCCUUUGACCCGGUCUUUGGCAAUAGAGCUGCUAGACAAAGUGAAUAAUCCCGAUCAUUCUACUUACCAUGAUUUUGAUGAUGACGAUCCUGAGCCUCUUGUUACUGUACCACAUAGAAUUCACUCAACAAGUAGAAAUGUGAGAGAAGAAAAAACACGUUCAGAAAUAAAUUUUGGUCAAGUAAAAUUUGACCCACCCUUAAGGAAGGAGACAGAGCCACAUCAUGAACUUCCCGACACAGAAGGUUUUUUCGACAGUUCAGAAGAAAUAUACUACACUGCAAGAUCUAACCUGGAUCUACAGUUAGAAUAUGGACAAGGACAUCAUAGUAGUUACUUUUUAGGUGGAAACAAGAGUCUUCUAAAGUCUGUUGAAGAAGAAUUGCACCAGCGAGGACAUGUGGCACAUUUGGAGGAUGAAGAAGGAGAUGACGAUGAAUCUAAACACUCGACAAUGAAAGUGAAAGUUCCACCACCUUUGCCACCAAAGCCUAAAUCCAUCUUCAUACCACAAGAAACUCAUUCUGCUGAGGAUGAUAAUAGAGGAACAAUUAAGAGAUGCCCUGUGUCAGCAAGCCCAGCAAAACCAUCCCAGGUCCCACCUAGACCGCCACCUCCCAGAAUACCCCCACAGAAGCCUGUUGUCUUAGGAAAUGGAGUGAGCUCUUUUCAGUUAAAUGGUGAACGAGAUGGAUCAUUAUAUCAGCAACAGAAUGAACCCAGAAGCACAAACCUUUCAAGGAAAGAAAAGAAAGAUGUACCAAAGCCUAUUAGUAAUGGUCUUCCCCCAACACCUAAAGUACAUAUGGGUGCAUGUUUUUCAAAGGUUUUUAAUGGGUGUCCCUUGAAAAUUCACUGUGCAACAUCAUGGAUAAACCCAGAUACAAGAGAUCAGUACUUGAUAUUUGGUGCUGAAGAAGGGAUUUACACCCUUAAUCUUAAUGAACUUCAUGAAACAUCAAUGGAGCAGCUAUUCCCUCGAAGGUGUACGUGGCUAUAUGUAAUGAAUAAUUGCUUGCUGUCAAUAUCUGGAAAAGCUUCUCAGCUUUAUUCCCAUAACCUGCCAGGGCUUUUUGAUUAUGCAAGACAAAUGCAGAAGUUACCUGUUGCUAUUCCAGCACACAAACUCCCUGAUAGAAUACUACCAAGGAAAUUUGCUGUAUCAGCAAAAAUCCCUGAAACCAAGUGGUGUCAGAAGUGUUGUGUUGUGAGAAAUCCUUACACAGGCCAUAAAUACCUAUGUGGGGCGCUUCAGACUAGCAUUGUUCUAUUAGAAUGGGUUGAACCCAUGCAGAAAUUUAUGUUGAUUAAGCACAUAGAUUUCCCCAUUCCGUGUCCCCUCCGGGUGUUCGAGAUGCUGGUCGUUCCGGAGCAGGAAUACCCUCUAGUGUGUGUCGGCGUCAGUAAAGGGCGAGACUUCAACCAAGUGGUUCGGUUUGAAACUGUCAAUCCAAAUUCUACCUCUUCUUGGUUUACAGAAUCAGAUACCCCACAGGCAAGUGUGACUCACGUAACCCAGCUAGAGAGAGAUACCAUCCUUGUAUGCUUGGACUGUUGUAUAAAAAUUGUGAAUCUCCAAGGAAGACUAAAAUCUAGCAGGAAAUUAUCAUCAGAACUCACUUUUGAUUUCCAGAUUGAAUCAAUAGUUUGUCUACAAGACAGUGUGCUAGCUUUCUGGAAACAUGGAAUGCAAGGUAGAAGCUUCAGGUCUAAUGAGGUAACACAGGAAAUUUCAGAUAACACAAGAAUUUUCAGGCUGCUUGGAUCUGACAGGGUCGUGGUUUUGGAAAGUAGGCCAACUGAUAACCCUACUGCAAACAGCAAUUUAUACAUCCUGGCAGGUCAUGAGAACAGUUACUGAAAUAUAUUGUGCUUUGACAGUUAACUAUCGAAGAAGCGAACACUACCACUGCAACAUUAAUGGAUGCUCGAAGCUGUACAAAAGCUGCAGUAACCUGGCUUCAGUUACUUGUAAUUUAUUGUGGCAUGAGACAAGAUGGGAGAAUUUUUGUUUUAAGUGGUAUGGAUAUAUUUAGCAUAUUGAACCACACAAGUGCUUAAUUCAUUGUUAUGUAAUCUUUGUACAUAUAGGCAGUAUUUUUCUGUGAAACUUAAUAUUGCUAAAGACAUACACUAAGACUUUAUGUAGAUAAUGUACUUUUAUGAGAUGUACAAGUAAAUGUCUUAUCUGUACAGAUGUAAAUGUUGAUGAAAAUGCUAUUGGGGUUAAUAUUUUAAGUAUUCUUUAGUAUAUUCAUGGGUGUGGUUGUAUUAUGAAACAGGAUGCUGGCAAUGAAACAGUACUUUAACACUAUUGUAUUUUUUAUUGUAUGUAAUUUAGUAAUAUGAAUAUAAAUCUUAUAACUUUUAAAAUUGUAAUGGAGACUGUAAUCAUUUUAUAAUCUUGUUUUUAAUUUUAAUGCAAGUACACUGGUGUUUAUAUUUGCACAGAGUAUUGAUGCGUGAUACGUCGAGUCACAGAAGUGAGCUGUGACGCUGUCGGCGUGCGGCCGGCGCCACAACUUCUUUUCUAAAUAUAUGUGGAUUGUUUUCUAUAUGGAAAAAGCAAUUAACCACCUGUUGUAGUAACUGAUCUUUUUAUAUUUAAGCAGAAAUCUUGUAAGGUUGCUUGUCUUUGCUUUAAAAUGUCUUUGAAAAGAUUUGAAAUCACAGAAUAGCGGCACCAUGCUGCAGCACUGCCGCUAGGCGUGCACAGGAAGCAAGCUCGCAGCGGAGUCCGCGCACGUGUUCCGUAUAAUCACAUUGAGGAGCUAUAACAUUCCAUGGAGUGAAGCGCUUCAGGUUUCCGGUGGAAUGCUUACUUUCGUUGCCCAUAUUUUAUGAUUACUUUCCUAUUUCUUUUGAUUUAGAAUAUUAACACAUGGCCAAAAUAAUUUAGUUACUACCUCAUACAAACAAUAUAAUAGUUACUACGCAUCACAGGAACUUAGUUUUGUUUAAAGUCACUUUGUAUUCCUUUUUCCAGUGGAAUGUAUAAACCAAGUUUAGCAAAUUCACACUUAUGGAUCAUUUUGGUGUAUGUUCUUUAUAUUUUAAUGUGAGUAUAUUACACACUAAGAACAAACGACAUUGUGAUUCAUGGUCUUCAUUUAUUUUAAUUGAUGAUGGUUUUAAAUAUGUUCCUGAUUGUACAUAGUGUAAAAUAAACACAUUUUUUAAUA